UAACAUAUAUAUGUGUAUCUUUGUGCAAUAUAUUUAAGUAAUUACAGCUAUGUUUGUUUAGUUGGAAUCCAUUUCCAUGUUAUACUAGCUUACUGUGAUUUUGUGGUUUUAUAUCAAUCAAUGCUCUUUACCUUAGCUUCAUCGUCUGAUUGUUUGAUUUCCAUAUGUAAUCACCCGAAAUAUUAACAUGGUGUUUCUGUUGUUAUAUUGUAGAUGAUCAAAUUAAAGUUGAUCGAGUCCAGAAAUUAGAAGUGAUAUAUCAGUUUCAGAAAGAAAAGAAAGGCAGAGAUGGCGGAUUAUGCUGCAGUUGUUUCGCUUAUAAAUAGACUAAAUUCAUCUAUUGAGUUGGUGGGUCGCUUCAGUUCGGAAUGUAGUGCCUUUCUUCAAGAUUUCAAGCAAUCUGUUUGUUUAUUGGAAGCUUUUCUCAGAGAUCAUCCACCCUUGAACAAGAAUGACCGAAAGCAAAUACAAGUUCUGGCACAGAAAACUGAAAAUUUGAUUGACUCACCUACAUCAGAUAUCUAUUUGGGAUAUCGAUCAAGGGUGUACAAGAUGAAAAAGAAAUUUGAUCGUCUGACUGAAACGAAGUGGCAAUACGAGUGUUCUACUAUGUGCACCAGUGUUUUCACUGCAGGCCAUUCUUUGUGUUCUAGUACCUCUCGGAACACUAUGCCAUCAGAGACUAACCUUGUGGGCUGCGAUGAUGACUUGAUUAAAAUUAAAGAGCAACUAGUUGGAAUCACAUAUAGUUUGAGUAUUUUUUCAAUUGUGGGUAUGGGUGGGAUCGGAAAAACCGCUCUCACUAGAGCAGUUUACGAUGAUUCUUACAUUGAGCAUUACUUUUAUAUCCGUUCCUGGAUAGCUGUAUCUCAAGGGUAUGAGGUAAGAAAAAUGUUGCUUGGCAUCUUGAGCAGUGUUUCCAAUUCCGCUGAUGAAUUGUACAGAGAAAGCAAUGAGCAAUUAGCAGAACAGCUUUACCGGAGGUUGAAAGGUAGAAGGUAUCUCAUUGUUUUGGAUGAUAUAUGGGAUAUAGAGGCAUGGAAUGUCAUCAAGAGAUCUUUCCCAGAUGACAAUAAUGGUAGCCGGAUCAUUUUCACUAGUCGGCAUACAAACAUUGCGAGCCAUGUCAAUACUAGGAGUCUUACUCAUGACAUGCAUCUCUUAAACAUGGACCAAAGUAUUAAGUUACUAUCUUUGAAGGUGUUAGGAACAGAAUCAUUCCCUCUUGAACUUGAGAAUGUCGGAAUACAAAUUGCGGGCAAAUGUCAAGGAUUGCCACUUGCGAUUAUUGUAGUUGCUGGCAUUUUGGUUAAGAUGAACAAGACAGCAGAGAGUUGGGAGGAUGUUGCAAAGUCUGUUGGUUCAUUUCAAAAUAAUGGAAGUUCAGAAGAAUGGUUGGAUGUGCUUUCUUUGAGUUACAAUUACCUACCUCAGCAUUUGAAGCCUUGCUUCCUAUAUAUUGGGGCUUUCCCAAAAAAUGAUGAGAUUUCUGUCCCAAGAAUAAUCAGAUUGUUAGUUGCUGAGGGGUUUUUAUUGGUAUUUGAGGGAAAAACUAUGGAAGAAGUUGCAGAGGAAUACUUGGAAGAUCUUAUUAGCAGAAGUCUGCUUAUGGCUACAAAGAGGGGAUAUGAUGGCAGAGUUAUAAAAUGUAACAUGCAUGACCUCUUGCGGGAUAUUAGCAUAAGAGAAUCUGAAAGAGAGAAUUUUUUGCAUGUCAAUGUUUCCCCAGGAGUACCAUAUUCUGUUUCUCGACGUUUCUUUUGUCAGGACAUUGAUCCGGAUGAUGACAAGUAUCUUCCAGAAUCUGCUUCUAUUCAUUCUUUCCUUGGCUUUGGUAGAGUUCGAACUCUUAUUAAUUUUUCUUUAAUGCUGAGAGUGUUGGAUCUCUCUUUUCAGCCUUUUAAUAGAUUCCCAGUGCAAAUUUUAUAUUCAAAAUUUCUGAGGUAUCUGGCAAUAGCUUCGUUUAGUGAGCUUCCUCCAUCACUGUCUCAACUUUGUCAUCUACAGACAUUGGUUCGUCAUUGCCAUGAGGAAAGACUGGUUCUGCCAGUAAGCAUAUGGGAGAUGAAGCAAUUAAGGCAUCUCCAUUUUAAGAAGAGCUGUAGCUUACUAUUUCCUGAAGCGAGAGGGUUACAAGAAAUUCAAUUAUAUUUGCCAAAUCUACAGACACUCUCAAAUUUAAGUUUCGGCAGUUGUUUUGAGGAAAUUUUAACACGUCUUCCUAAUCUGAAGAAGUUAGGACUUCGUGAAGAGGAAGGGGAGCGACUGAGUGAUGAAAAAUUACUGUAUCAUCUAAAUAAUCUCAAAUUCUUACCCUCCCUUGAGACAUUGAAGUGUUUCUUUACUAAACAAAGGCCACUUCCAAUGCCUGAUGCUUUUCCACUGAAUCUCAAGCAGCUGACUUUGCGGGGGUGCCGCCGAUCAUGGAAAGAAAUGUUGAUUCUAAGUGCAUUACCAAAACUUGAGGUGCUCAAAUUGAAGGAUUGUGCAUUCAUAGGAUCAGAGUGGGAACUCAUGGAGGAACAAGUCUUUUGUCAACUGAAAGCCAUGGUGAUAGAUAUUGCAGAUCUUGAGCAGUGGGAAGCUUGCAGCAGUCACUUUCCCAACCUUCAAUUUCUUGUUCUCAAAUAUUGCAAACACUUGAAGGAAAUCCCCAUUGGUAUUGGGGAUAUAAAUACUUUGCAGUUGAUUGAAUUGUGGGCAUGUAGCUCUUCUGCAAAUGAUUCUGCAGAAAGGAUUCAAGAAGAACAACAAAAUUCGGGAAAUGAUGGUCUUACUAUCAAAAUCCACCGUAUUCCCAAUGAUGAAUGGCAUACUAAUCGUUUGUGUUCCUCGUCAGCAGAGAAUUCUGAAGGGGAAAUAUAAAAUCAGUAAUAGUCCUGAUGACUUGAAUCUAGUUUUUCCAAUCAGUGCUAACUGUUAAGGCAGUCUUUCCAAUCAGUGGAAGCCCCUGGUUUCAAGCUCAAGUUUAAGUGAACUUCCAAUUAGCAUUGAAUUAGUAUGGAGUAUUAAUAAAAUAAAUACUACAUUUGUAGUGUAGAUUACAAAGUCGUGUGACUAUUAUCAUAGAAAUAGUGAUUUUGUUUUACCAUGUAAAUAUUUUCUUGGAAGAUGCACGUGUUUUUCUAGUCCGCCAUCGCUCAAACUUGAAACCUUACUAAG